AUGUCAAGUAUGGCCGAUUCUCAAGGUCAGCGUGGCAACAACUACAACAACCGUGGUGAUCAAGCCAUGGGCCAGCGUGGUAACGGCUACGGUCAGCCCUUUGCUCGCAACAGCAACGCAAACUACCACGGUGGUUACGGUACGCAGCGAGGCCACACGGCUGCCAGCAUGGCAGCAUUGACUCAUGGUCUCCAAGGCAUGAACCUCCAAGAUGCCGCCUACACGGCUCAGUCCAAGGCUGCCGUCAUGGCUGCCGCUGGUCACCAGUUCAACGGGCUUCCCAUGCCUGCCGCCCUCUGGGGCGCCACCAACCAUCUCAUGUUUCCUGGAGGUCACCCUUAUCCCAGCGCCGUCCAUCAGCACAACCCUGGUCUUUACACUCCCAUGGCUGCACAGUACAUCCCUCAUGCCUAUCAUCAGCAGCAGCACGACAACAGUCCCAUGUCGCAGGCUUGGACUCCCAGUCACACCACGGGUGAAGUUCCCACUCUCAUCACUCCACGCCGCGAUUCAAUCUCCUCCAACGAGAACGAUGCUCCUGGUACACCCUCAUAUGCCGGCUAUCCCGCAUACCAUCAGCUUCCUGGUGUUGCAAUCGUCAACCGUUCGCCAAGCGGCAUGUACACCCAAAGCUCGCCUUCGCCCACUCAGGUCCUCGCUCCCUACGGCAUGCCUGUGUCCAAGAUGGCCGAGCAUCGCAGUAUCUCUCCCAGCCUCCACAUGCUGGUCAGCAAGGAGCCUCCCAUUCCGCAGGCCAUCCCAGCCCCAAGCUCUCCGUUGAAGCCUCUCGACAGAGCCCUUGAGAACAUUCGCGGUGAGACUAACGUCUACAUUCGCGGUCUUCAUCCCGAGACGACCGACGAAAUGCUCGAAGGCUGGGGGAAGCGCUUCGGAGACAUCCGCAGCUCGAAGUCGAUCAUUGAUCACUCGACUGGUCUUUGCAAGGGCUUUGGCUUUGUCAAGUACCACAACUACGAAGACGCCGAGAACUGUAUUCGCGGCUUCCACUACCUGGGCUACGAAGUUAGCUUUGCCAGAGAAUCUUUCUACUCCAAGCUGAAGACGUUCGCUGAUGAGGGUAACACCAACCUCUACGUCUCCAACUUGCCCAAGUCUUUGAACGAGCACGAGUUAGCAUCUGUCUUCACUCCUCACAAGGUCUGCUCGGCCAGAAUUCUCCGAGACAAGAACGGUACUUGUCGUGGAGUCGGCUUCGCCCGCUUCGAGUCCAGAACAGUCUGCGAGGAAGUCAUCAAGAAAUUCAACAACUACAAGGUCAAUGUUGGCGGUGAGGAAUACACCAUCCAGAUUCGCUUUGCCGACACCCAGGAGCAGAAGCAGCUCAAGCAGCAGACUGCCGCCGCCCGUCAAUUCCGCUCUGCCGAGUACGAGUAUGCUACUCAAGCCCACAAAGCUGGUUACUCGUCCAGCCGCGGAUCCUACACGUCCAACAACGAGUUUGAGACGUACAUGACGACCAGUGUGCCUGUUCAAAACCAGCGCUGGUCUCAAUCCGCUCUCCGCAACAUGUCUGGCCGCACCCCUCUUGCUUCCUUGCCUUAUGGCAACAAUGCUCAAUAUCCCACUGUUCAAGCCAAUGGAGGUGCUAUCUUGGAGAGCCAGCCUUCUGCUCGUAGCGACCUUGCUGAUGCCAAGUCGGUCACCAAUUCCACGCCCGCCAUUGCUCGCGGUGAUCAGAGUGCUGUCGAUUCGUCCACCUCGGAUGAUCAGAUUUCCUGA